CAGCAGCUUGUCUCUCCAUCUCAUCACUUCUCUUGACUGGCUGACUGGACGCACCCGCAUCUCACGGUCUGGGAAUGGGAUCUUUACUGAGUUCAAAGAAAAACUUCCAGUUCUUUCGGGUGUUCGCUCUGCAGAAGCUGCUUUUCAAACUGCAGGGAUAGUUGUCGCUGCAGGUGCAGAGUGACCACAGCACAGGCUCUGACGAGAAAACCUGUCCAAGAACGCACCAGAGCCCCAGGAAGUGUCCAGCGCAAGAAACCAUCACACUGCCCAAAAACCUCGCUUGGUACAGUUGGAUUCGCUAGAUAUAACUGCAUGCCAAAGUCAUCUCGACGUCAAAGUAGGCGAAAUAAGCGUGCGUAAAAGUUGGAGCUGUUACGCAGGGGCAAAGCUUAGCCUAAUGCAAGAAAAAGUUGAAGAACACGGAUCUACUGGCGUUUAAAACUUCGGACAAGUGCAAUCAUGGCAAAAUGGUUCCGAGAUUUCCCCAUCAACCUGAAAAAUGGAACUGAGAGAGUCCGUUCUGCCUCUGAGUCGGGUUCACAAACUAGACCCAAGCCCACAUUUUCACGGGACAGUUUGAAGGGAAAUCAGCGCAAAGAUGGAGGAGUGGGGAGUUUGUUAGCUGGGAGAAACAGGAAAAACUCUGCCACAGAGCUGGGUAGCAAAAACGCAGGUUAUGGAGGAACUGUCUGGGAUAGCCUGACCACUGGGAAAGGUCGAAAAAACUCCAAAACUGAGAAUGGGGCGCCAGAUGAAAACCGUCCGGUGAGGAGCUCCAGUCUGGCACAGGCGUACAUCAGCAGGAUGAUCAAAGUGGACAAGCAGGACAAGACCCCCAAACUCGAUGGGAUAAGUGAACAGAAGUUAUCCGAGAACGAGAAGGGAAAGUCAGACAUAAAAACUACGUUGAUAAUCCUGGAGGAUUAUGCAGAUCCUUUUGAUGCAGAGAAGACCAAAGAGCAGCGAGAGGCGGAAAGAGCAGGGGUGAACGAUGGUUACAUGGAGCCGUAUGACGCCCAGGUCAUCAUCACAGAGGUUCGUCGGCGGGGCUCCAAAGAUCUCCUGAAAGUGUGCGUCCUGUUGGACCGAGGUCAGAAAGAGGAGAAGGGGGAGGACGGGACACCUUCGCCCCCUAACAUCUACGACACGCCCUACGAAGGCGGACUGGAGGGCGACAGCGAGGGCGUGUGGAUCCCUGUCACACGACCAGAGUCUGAUGUCCGUCCGGCUGGGGAGUAUGAGCUGCCAUGGGAGUGGAGAAAGGAGGACAUUGUCAGAGCAUUGUCAGCUCAGUUUGAGGGCGUCGACUGCUCUUCCAGUAAAGAGAAUACUGCAACCUCUGGCCGUCAGCAGCAGCAGCAGCAGCAGACGCUGAAGGCAAGGAACUGGAGCCACAAGACUCUCGUCUCAACUUCUGCGUCAACUUCCUCCUCCACGUCUUUUCCGUCUUCUCCUAUUCUUAAACUCUCCCCUCUGACCUCACCGUCUCCUUCUUACCCCACUCUCAAGUUGUCUCCCCUCUCACCCUCGUCCAGUCCAACUAAACUGUCCCCUCCAUCACCUACUUUGCCCUGUUUUCCUCUGGAUGGGGAGAUGUCCAAAAUGGACUGCAGUCUGCCCCUGGAGAAGCAGAGCUGGUACCAUGGCAGCGUGAGUCGACAGCAGGCUGAGGCUCAGCUGCAGCGCUGCAGGGAAGCCAGCUUCUUGGUCAGAGACAGCGAAUCAGGGACUAGUAAAUACUCCAUCGCCCUAAAGACCAGUCAAAGUUGUGUUCACAUCAUUGUGGCCCAGACUAAGAGCAGCAAGGGAUUGGGCUACACCCUGGAUCAGAGCAGCUGUGUGUUUUCCAGCAUCCCUGAGCUGGUCUAUCACUACUGCUCUCACAGGCUGCCUUUCACAGGAGCAGAACAUAUGACCCUGCAGCAUCCAGUGCUACGCCAGCACUAAAACAUGAAGAGACCAAGGAAAUAUAAGGAAGUGCAUUAGCAGGCCACUGCACGUGACUCUCCGAUAAUACAUUUUAAUAAAUCUGUGCACAGACUUCAGGAUAUUCUCCUUUAUAAAUGAUCGAGUGUACCUCCUGAGGUCGUAUUGCCUCAAUACACCACCUAGUGGUCAAUGUUAGUCCAUCCUACUUCUAUAAAAUUGCCAAAAAGUAAAUCUGUGACCUGAACAGGAAGAUGGCCAAUUUAUUGUUACACUAUGUUGCAUCUGACUCAUUGCUUUGUCUAUAAGUUCACAGAAAAUCUUCACAUAACAUUACCUGACCACCCUAAUGAUGCAUACAAACUUCUAUGUCAAAUUGAAUCACGUAUAUAAAGUAGCCACUAUAAGAUCUGUGUAAAAUCCUCAAGGAGUGUUCUAAAAAGAGUGACAACAUAAUUAAUUAUCUUGCUUAUAUCCAGUUAAGCCCCAUCUGCAAGACCAAUAUGCCUGAUUAGAGUAUGUUCAGGUAUCCUGACUUGUGAAUGAGCCUAUUGAUCUGCCCUGAAACUCCUUUUUCCGGCCUCUUUGUCUGUCAGGAGAAUGAGCAUUAUUGAUUGGAUGAUUAGAGUGAGUGUAACUGAGGAGUUCUCAUUAAACUGCAAGAACACAGUCAGAAAAAGUGUUUUGGCAUGUGUAACUCUGCAAAACACAUCUGGACUAAAGCCUCUGCAGUUUAGGCUAAAAAAAGGAAGUUGCUAAUAUUGGAGCCCUGUGGUUGGAAAUAACAGGCAAAACACUGGAAAACUGAGAAAAAGAAAUAUACAAAAAAUUACUUUUCUGGAUGCAAAAUAACAGCAAGCACAACUAAAAGACAAAAAGUAGGCUACAACCAAACUGUAAACAUUGUUAACACUUUAUACUCGUGCUGUUUUUGUAUCUAAGAUGCUAUGCGAUUAAAUUUCUAUCAUGU